AUGGGAGACCUUGAUAUCCCAACAAUUCUAGCAUCCCUUUCAGGCAUUUUACUGCCCACCAUAGCUCGAAAUUGUGUGACGGAAGAUCAACUUCGAAUAAGAGUGUUUCCGUACACUUUAAAGGAUAAGGCAAAGUAUUGGUUGAAUUCUUUGAAGCCUGGUUCACUCACUACUUGGGCUGCCAUUCAAAAGAAGUUCUUGGAGAUUUACUUCUCCUCACAAAAAAUCAACAUCCUUAGGGACAACAUAUUGUUAUUUGCACAACAAGAUGAUGAAUCGUUUUGUGAAGCAUGGGAGAGAUUCAAUGGGCUGCUCAAUCAAUAUCCUCAUCAUGGGAUUCCUUUGAAACUUCAAAUGCGUGGAAUGGAUACUUUUGACGGUAUAUCUGAAAGUGCUAAAGGUGGAGUUGGAGUUGGAGAAGUUAGAAACAAUGUGGUUGAUUCAGAUCCAUCAAACAACAACAAUGCAGUGGUAACUCAGAUUGGUAAGCGGCGUAGAAAACUCACAUCAGCGGUAUGGACUCAAUUUGAAAUUCUUCCUAUAGAUGAAAAUAAUGAGCAACGAGCAAAGUGUAUGAAAUGUGGUCAAAAAUAUUUGUGUGAUAGUAGAUAUGGUACUGGGAAUUUGAAGCGUCAUAUUGAAUCUUGUGUGAAAACUGAUACUCGUGAUUUAGGCCAGUUAUUAUUAUCUAAAUAUGAUGGGGCUAUCUUAACAAGGUCUUCCAAGUUCGAUCCUAUGAAGUUUCGUGAAUUAUUAUUGAUGGCAAUUAUCAUGCAUGACCUACCCUUUCAGUUUGUUGAGUAUGCUGGAAUUAGGCAACUGUUUAAUUAUGUUUGUGCUGAUAUUAAAUUGGUAUCUCGUAAUAUUGCAAAGGCUGAUGUGUUGAGUCUUUAUAAUAGAGAAAAAGCUAAGCUUAAGGAAAUUUUGGGUUCAGUUCCUGGAAGAGUUUGUUUGACAUUUGAUUUAUGGACGUCUAUAACCACAGAUGGUUAUCUUUGUCUCACUGUCCAUUUUAUUGAUGUUAAUUGGAAAUGGGAGAAAAUAAUAUUGAAUUUUAGUUUUAUGCCUCCUCCUCAUACUGGUGUUGCAUUGUGUGAGAAAAUCUAUAGGUUGUUGACUGAUUGGGGGGUGAAAAAGAAACUUUUUUCAAUGACUUUAGACAAUGCAUCUUCAAAUGAUACUUUUGUUGAGUUGUUGAAGGGGCAACUUAAUUUAAAGGAUGCAUUAUUAAUGAAUGGAAAGUUUUUUCAUAUUCGAUGUUGUGCUCACAUUCUGAACUUAAUAGUGCAAGAUGGGUUGAAACACAUUGAUGAUUCUGUGGGGAAAAUUAGGGAAAGCAUUAAGUAUGCUAGAGGUUCACAAGGGAGGAAACAGAAAUUCCUAAAUUGUGCUGCACAAGUUUCUUUAGAAUGUAAAAAGGGGGAUUGCGUCAAGAUGUACCCACUAGAUGGAACUCGACGUUUCUUAUGA